AUGGGACGUUCUCUAAGACAAUCAUUAUAUUCUUCACUUUCAGAUCCAUCUCAUAUUACUAUUCAAACAUCAAAUCUUCUACAAUCUGAUCAAUCAACAUUGAGUCUUGAUCAAUGGAAUCGUUUAUCAAAUUUAGUUCAUUGUUUCGAUGAAAAUAGUGGAUCUGCAUUUGUCGAACAUUUUCUAGAAGAACAAAAUCGAUUACCUCUCAAAUUACGAUUCAAAUAUGCAUCAGUUAAUGAAUUUUUUAAAUUAAUAAUGAGUAAAGUUCAAAUUGCAUUCGAGAAAAAUUGUGAUUUUCUCUCAUUAUCUCGUCAUGAUCGUACAGCAUUACUUCGAUCUACAGUAGAAUACACAUCAAGUUUUGGUGGUAUGUUCAUAAUAUGGCAAUACAAAUUAUUUGAUUAUCCACCUUUUUACAAAUCUGUUGAAAUGAUAUUUCAACCAUCUGCAUCAAUCUUCACUAAACGUGUUAUUGAUCAACUUGAUCCAGAUAAUACAUUUAUUAAAUUAAUACUUUCAAUUCUUGCUUUCUCAACAAUCCACUAUACUGUAUAUAGAAAAGAUGUUGAUAUUAAUUUAACAAAUAUCAAAGCAACUUUACCUAUUCAAGAUAUGUACACAGAUUUAGCAUGGCGAUAUCUUCUAUACAAAUAUGGUCAUCAUCAAGCUGUAAUACGUUUUUCAAAUCUUUUAAGAUGUCUUCUUGCGGUAACUGAAGCCGUUGUUGAAGCACAUGAAGGACAACAAUUUACAGAUAUAAUUGAUUCUGUUGUUGAACAAACUGAACAUGCACUCUCUUUGCAGUCAUAA